CUGAAGUUCUGCUGGUGUCUGUCUCCUCGUACCCCACCUUGGGGCCGACGGAGUUGUUUGUUGUGUCUACCCCACUGAAGCGUCUUUGCGUCUUCCCUCUGUCUUUCCCAACAAGAAAGAAGAAGCAAAUCGAUUCAGCCUUAUUCCCCUGCCCUACAUCUUUCUUUGCGAGAGUGGACCAAAAAGUUUGAGCCAAGUAGAAGUUCAAGCACGCGCGCACACCAGUCGUGGCAUCUUGUUCUGAAGGAAAAUAGGAAAAAGGCUCCGGAGCUGCGAGAAAGCCGCGGAGCCUUGGAUGCUGGCGAAUGCUCUGGGGGGUAAUAAAAUGCGCUAGAGGCACCAGCAAGGCAGCCGGCGCGCUGGACAGCGGGGACACCCCACCCCCACCCUCGCCCAGUCCCGCCUCUCCGGGCUGCAGACGACUCUCCCUCCCCUCAGGCUCUGCAAAGGGCUGCGCAGCUCAGCCGAAGGAAGCUGGGGUCGCGUACUCAAAGCAACGGGGGAAACUUCAGGAGAAGGAUAAAAGAGAGAGGUGAAAGUCCCCGCAAGUUCCGGGCGCGAUCUGGCGAAAGCCGUCCUGCCCCCUCUGCGAAGUAAGUGCCGAACAAGUUGACAUCACAGAAAUAACCAGUGCCUUUCAGUUGGUCUGUUCUUUUUGAUACAAGCAAAUAAACUCUACUAGCUUGAUGACUGCCAGGGGCAUUGCUUGCUACGAAAGAAGCUCCCAUGAUGCGACUUCUGUUUUUGAAGAUGCUCCUCUUCUUGCUGUUCUUUCUCACAGGAUUGCCACAAACCAGCUCCCUGGAGAUUUCUCCUAAUGACCAAGAAGUCAUCCUCAGUCUCUACAGUGAUUUUUCUGUGAUAUGCUCAGGGCAGAACGAGAUUUAUUGGAAAAAGGACAGCAAACCCAUAUUAGACACUGGGCUGGAGAGAAGGGACAACACUUUUAUUAGCAUCCUUACACUCAGGAAUGUGACCGGCUAUGAUACGGGUGAAUAUUCCUGUCUCUACAAACAAUCCGCAGAGGAAAAAGCCAUCUACAUUUUUGUACCAGACCCCUCUUUGCCAUUUGUACCUAGCAGCCAAGAGGACACAUUUGUUUUCACCACAGGCCAUGGUGAAGACAUUAUCCCAUGCCGUGUGACAGACCCCAACACAAGAGUGACCCUUUAUGAAAAGAAGAUCGAUGACCCAAUCCCCAGCACUUAUUUUGCACAACAAGGCUUCAAGGGGUACUUUGAAGACACGUCCUACAUCUGCAGGGCAACAUUGGAUGAGCAGGAGUUUGACUCUGAAACAUUUUAUGUGUACAGCAUCCAAGUUUCCUCUUCUCCUACCUCCGUCAUCAAUGUCACUGUCAGUGCUGUGCAAACUAUUUUGAAACAAGGGGAAAAUAUCAGUGUGACUUGUGCAGUGAGAGGCAUUGAUCUGGUCAAUUAUACUUGGAGUUAUCCUGGCCAGAAGGUAGGCAAGGAGGUAAAACCAUGGACCGAUGUUGGAACAAGGGGCAGUCGCGAUACUAGUACCACCUUAACCAUCCACAAUGCAGAGCUGGAGGAUGAAGGAGAUUAUAUCUGUGAGGCCACUGACACCUAUCAUGGGCAAAAAGAAACACAAAGCAUCUUUAUCAGAGUGAUUGAGCAUGGCUUUGUGACCUUCCACACUAUUCUGAAUGACACAGUGUCUGCUGAACUGCACAAAAGCCACACCUUCCAUGUGCUGAUUGAGGCGUAUCCAAGCCCAACCAUCGUUUGGCUUCAGAAUAAUCAGCCCCUGACUUCAGAGAGCAACAGUGAAUUUGCCAUCAGCACCAGGAAUUCCUCAGAAACCAAGUACCAUACUACUCUAACCCUUGUGAGGGUGAAACAGAGUGAGGGAGGUUUAUAUACUGUCCGAGCAUUCCAUGAAGAUGACUUGAAAGAGCUCUCCUUCACCUUACAGAUUAAUGUACCAGCAAAGGUGACCCAUUUGAGAGAGGACAGCAACACGACCAGUGGGGAGCAAACAGUGACCUGCAUCACAGAAGGAAUGCCCCAGCCAGAGGUUGUCUGGUAUACCUGCAAUAAUGCCAAAUGGUGUGAUGCAGAAGCCACCAAAACCCUGGUGAAUGCCUCUGAAGAGAUGGUUCUGGAAACAAACACCACUUACCGAGAUGAUAUGAGGAUUUACAUCGUGACAAGCAAGCUGCACCUCCACAGAGUAGAUGAGCCAGUCUUCCUCAGUUGUGCUACUCAAAACCUCUUGGGCACGGAUACUCAGAACAUCACCUUGGUCCCAGACAAUUUGCCCUUUAAAGUGAUAAUCAUCUCAGUUAUCCUGGCCUUGCUGGUGCUCAUGUUUAUUUUCCUAGUGAUCCUCGUUGCUGUGUGGCGAAAGAAGCCUCGCUAUGAAAUCCGCUGGAAAGUGAUUGAAUCAGUCAGCUCUGAUGGACAUGAAUAUAUCUAUGUGGACCCCAUGCAGCUUCCAUAUGACUCCAGCUGGGAGGUUCCCAGAGACAAGCUUGUGCUAGGACGCACACUGGGCUCCGGGGCCUUUGGGCGUGUGGUGGAAGCAAUAGCCCACAGUCUGAGCCACUCACAGUCUACCAUGAGAGUUGCUGUGAAAAUGCUGAAGUCUACUGCCAGAAGCAGUGAGAAGCAGGCACUAAUGUCGGAACUGAAGAUCAUGAGUCACCUUGGGCCUCAUCUGAACAUUGUCAACCUGCUUGGAGCCUGCACCAAAGGAGGCCCUAUCUACAUCAUAACAGAGUACUGUCGCUAUGGAGACCUGGUGGACUACUUGCACAGGAACAAGCACACCUUCCUGCAGUGCUGCAGCGAGAAAGCCAAGCAGGAAGCAGAGGUGUAUGGGAAUGCCCCCACCGAGGACAGAGUGCAGAGCCAUGUUUCCUUAUCUGUGGAAAGUGAUGGGGGCUACAUGGAUAUGAGCAAAGAUGAGUCAUUGGAUUAUGUGCCUAUGUCAGUGCCCAUGUCAGAUAUGAAGGGUGAAAUCAAGUACGUGGACAUUGAUGCCUCCAAUUAUGGUACUACCUAUGAGCUGGACAGCUAUUCACCAUCCGCUUCUGAAAAGGUGGCGUUGAUAAAUGAGUCUCCUCUCCUCAGCUAUGUGGAUCUUGUUGGAAUUAGUUUUCAGGUUGCCAAUGGAAUGGAGUUCCUAGCUUCCAAAAAUUGUGUGCACCGAGACCUGGCUGCAAGGAAUGUGUUGAUCUGCGAGGGGAAACUGGUGAAGAUCUGUGACUUUGGUCUAGCUAGAGACAUAAUGCGGGAUUCAAAUUACAUCUCCAAAGGCAAUACCUUCUUGCCAUUGAAAUGGAUGGCACCUGAGAGCAUCUUCAACAACCUCUACACUACCUUGAGUGAUGUGUGGUCCUUUGGAAUCCUCCUCUGGGAAAUAUUCACUCUGGGUGGGACUCCAUAUCCUGAACUGCCCAUGAAUGAGCAAUUCUACAAUGCUAUCAAACGUGGCUAUCGUAUGUCCAAGCCUACACAUGCUUCUGAUGAGAUCUAUGAAAUCAUGCAGAAAUGCUGGGAUGAGAAAUUUGAGGUCCGACCUUCUUUCUCUCAACUGGUGGUACUCGUGGGGAACCUGCUGGCAGACAGCUACAAGAAGAAGUACCAACAAGUCAAUGAAGAAUUCUUGAAAAGCGACCACCCUGCUAUUGUCCGCACAAGGCCCUGGAACUCAGGUCUCAACAAUUCCAGGUCCACUGCCAUCAAUUCCAGCACCACCUCAGGCACUGUCCUUUAUACAGCUGUUGAACAGAAUGAAUUAGACAAUGAUUACAUCAUUCCUUUGCCGGACCUUAAACCAGAGGGAGCCAAUGAAAACCCGCAGGAGGCCUCCAGCAGUCGGGCAAGCUCUUCACUGAAUGAAGCACACACAUCGUCUACUAUAUCCUGCGACAGCCCUCUAACCCCACAGGAAGAAGAAGAAGAAAAAGAAAAAGAAAAAGAAGAAGAACAAAAAGCACCAGAACUAAAGCUAGACUGCCAGGAUUGUUAGAGAGGUGUGUGAGAGAGAGCAUGUGUGUGUGUGUGUGCAUGCAUGGUGGUACGGGGGAGUUCUGGUCACAAAUUGGUGCUUCCCUCUCCUUCAGCCAUACUGCAAUAUGCCAUUUUCUUCAGCCCACAGCAGAACCCAGAAACUGUAACAUUGAAGAGACUUUCUGCAGCCAGGAUUGAGUAGAAGUUUAUAUGGCUCCUCACGCUUCAUAACUGAGACUAUUUUCGUUCCAUUGCCUAAUGCAGAAUUCAUUCUCCAUUCAUACUUGUCUCUGCUAACCAAGACCAUCAUGAUGAGAAAUGUCACUCUUUGCUUGACAGCCUCACUACCUUAUGGCUGGAGCGGAAUGAACCUUCGUAUAAGACUAAUCUCUCUACAAUAAGGCAUGUUCCCCUUGUAUCAAGACAGAGAAAAACCCCCAGUGGUUCUCUUGAGGAGUGCCUUUACUCUAAUUGUUUCACUUUCUAUUUUUGCAAGCUGAUUUUGGAGGCCAGCAACUGUUCAAUGAAUUCUCUAAUCAAUGGAUUAUUAAAUUACACCUUUUAAAACUUAUCAUGAAAGUGUGGAUGGGGUAUGAAUGUACGUAUGUAUGGACAGUUUUUUUGUUUUUUUCCUUUGCUAGCGAAGGAGACACCGAGAAGUGAUCUGCCCACAGUUUUAUCCAAUUUACAGACAUUGCAUGGAUUCUCUGUUCAGGGCAGCAUUAUGAUGAUGACCAACAGAAGAGCAAUAUCAGGCAUUUCACUCGGGUUGUGCUCUUCAUUGCCUGGGUUCUCCACUGCUUUUGCUGAGUAGUUCCAGGAUCACGAAAAUGAUGGUACAGAUACAGGUACCAUGGAUUACAGGUACUAAUAGAUCUCAAGGAUCAGAGAUUGUCUAGACUAGACCUAAAGCCACAAUUUUAUCGCCCAAGGACAUACUGAGCAAAUGGAGACCAUCAACUAAUGACUCAGCUGUGGCAACAGCAGGACAGUCCACGGCUACAUUUCUCUGCAUUCUGUCUUUUUAUCAGACUUCUCAUUUUAAAAGGAACAAGUGGGUCUUUCUGAGGCCAGUAGGAGGAUGCUAGUGUACCUUGUGAGGAAAGGCAAACUGCACUAUAUUUGUUUUACCUUGGAGGUCAAUUGAUAGCCGUUGUCGUUGGUCUGUCCCAUUCUGCCUCUAAGGGGAAAGGAUUGUUGGCAGGUUCUUUCAGGAAAAAUGCAGGUUGUGCAUAUGGCAGCCUUUGCCAACCUGAUGCCCUCCAAAUGUUUUGGACUACAACUCUGUUGCACCCGAAGGGGCAAUGGUUCUUUUUGGAUUCAGAACACAAUGGGGUGAAGGCUGAAGAUUUUAUUAAACAGCUCAAAGAAAACCACAAAGCAUUGCCAUUUUCAUACAUCCAUGAUGCUGUUGGAGAGCCCCUCAACAGACAAUGGGCAUGACCUGGAGCUUGACCAGUAUACAGCACUUUCCAGGUAGCCUAGUAUGGAGGUUCUGACUAACAAACAUGCUCUUGGGGGUAUAUAUACACAGCUAGAAUUUGGGUGAUACAUCUGUUUUCCACCAGAGCAAAAGACUAACUAAUACUUGGCAGGAAGUCAACAUAGAUCACUUCCAGAGCUAGCUAAUGCUCCCUAUAGCAGGUGUCAGGAUGAUAUCACUGUGAAAGCUUAUCUAGAAGGUCAUGUUUCCCACACAGUGCUGUCUCAGCAUGAUGAACUGUGAGAAACUACUAGUUUGUGGAAUAAACAUAAUUAACCACCUAGAGGCCCAGAUCCACAGGAUUUUUAAACAUUAUCUGGGCAUGAGAGGGGCAAUUGCUGGGCACCACCCAAAUCUCCUUGAGAUAAUAAUGGUCUUCUGCAGUUUGGCAGUAGAAACUCCCAUCAGCCGCAGUUCGCAUAUGCUGGCUAGAGCUGAUGGAAGUUAGUCCCAAACAAGUGGAGGGCACCAGGUCGCCAAAGCCUACCAUAUGGCAUAGCCUGCAUCUCAUAUCAGACUUAUAUAGAGAACCUUUACUUUUCUUGUUUUAAGCACAAAGCAUUGGGAGAUGAUGAGGAUGGGUAGAGGAGAUUCUACUCCAAAGAUGAGCAGUAGAUGGUAGGUGAGGUUCUCAAUAUAUUCUAUUUAAGAGAAUCUUGAAAAAUUCCUGCCAGUGUGCCUCAGAGCUAAUCUACAUUUUAGACAGAAUGAGCUAGCAGAGUUCUUUCCCAUGCUACUUCAAAUUACAGGUGGGGGGCAGCACACUUUGAAUAUUCUCCCUUGUAAAAAAGAAAAUCACUAUGUGUAGCACAGCAGAGCUGUGUAGCCUUCUUUUUGGAGUGCUGGCCUAUUACAUGCAAAGAGCUUCAAAAAUAUGGUUUCUCACUGUGGUCAUGAACUGUCAAAUUUGGUUCUCAUUCAUCAUAAUCUGUAGAUCAAAUCCAAACUUGCCUCAGCCAGAAAUGCCCCAGUAGGAAAACUGCUUUUUCUCGAAGCCUUCCUUAACAGAAGCAAUUCCUGGCAGAGUUGACUCUAAUGUCUCCUCCAAUUCACUAAAUAUGCAUUCUGGUUGGUGUUAACAAAAUGUUGUUUAUUUUGUUUUGUACCAUAUCUUUCACUGCCUUCCAUAGAUAUAGAUGGGGGAGGGGUGGUGAGUCAAGUUAGGGAUUUUUAGAAAGAAAGAAAGAAAGAAAGAAAGAAAGAAAGAAAGAAAGAAGGCUUUUCAGUACAUUUACUAUAAUGGUGAGUUUUUUAAAAAGGCAUUAGUACCUACAACUACCCCACUCCCAAUGUUGUAUUUGCUAAUUUUCUGUCCAUUUUCUUGUUAUACAUUUAGAUUUAAGUACUAGUAAUUGAAGCAGGGGGUGUUUUCAAAAUAAUGUGCCACUUAAAAGGAUUAGUGUUAUGGCAGCGAGAAAGUAUAUUCCAUAAAUCAUGGGCAGUGCCAGGUUUAUCUCUUUCCAACUGAAAGACACAUCCUUUUCAAUCAGUCUUUGAAUUACACUCGUAAUUCAAAGUAGUUAUCUACUAGAUGAUAUUGCUGCCUGUAGAAAUGACCUAUUGACAUUCUACUUUAGGACAUUAAUAUGGUGGAAAUAUCUCUGGGUGGGGAUGGGUAAGACCACUAUGGCAUAGCUUCUUUUUAAGUGCUAUGUAGUAUAGUAACUACACCAUGUUCAUAUAUUACCGUAGCAUGGACAAUGUUUUAUCCCAGCUGGCUUAAACAGUAUUAGCCCAAUGGGCUUAGUACUUUUCCAUGGUCAGAGACCUGUAGCCCAGUGGCAACAGCACACGAUGCUUUCCAUGCAGACGGUCUCCCUGGCAUUGGCCAAGACAUUUACUGAGAUCCCGGAGAGCUAUUGCCAGUCAAUUUAGUCUGCCAUGGUGUCAGGCACCUUCCUAUGCUCUGUGAUGGGAUUUUGGUGUGACCUGAAAUACAAGCCAGCAUUUUAAAGAGCACAGUAGCCAUAUAUAAUUAUAUAGCUCAAUGGGCUAUAGUUGUAACUGGACAGAUAUGCUCUGCUACGCCUAAGGUUCCUUGACAAGGAUGAACAACCUGAUUUGCCUUCUGCUCCACUAUGCUGAAUCAUUUUCCAGUUUCGCAUCUUGGUGAGGCGGUGGUUUAACAGUGUUGCUGCAAGCGAAAAUGACUCCAGCCGAGGCCAGUGGAGCACCCAAAUGACACUGCCAAAUGCCACGGUACCCACCCAUCCCAUCCUGGGUUGAAGCAGCGCCAGUGGAUGUUCUCAUAGCUUGUAUAGCAAGGACACAAAUCAAUUGAAAUUGAGGAUUAGGUGUCACUUUUUGCACAGAGCCAAAGUCCUCACCAACAAAAAACAGAUAGGAAAUCUGAAGUCACUGGGCAUUUCCAUUCCACUGUUUCAGACUGCUGGGUACCAUGUCCCCCCCCCCAAACACUGCAAUUCAUUUGUACCUGCUGGGCCCCAGUCGUCAGGUGGCACCAGCUGCAAUGGGUUCUAGGUAAUAAAACUUUCACACUAAUACAAGACAGCUGACCUUUGCGGAUUAGACCCCUGACAUUGGCAAGACUAGAGUGGGAGGCAGGAGGAGGUACUUAACCAAGGAACUCUUCUGUUUCCACAACUUUUAUGGCCAUGGUUUGGCCUAUGAGUCUCCCUCCUCCAGGGGUCCAUUGCUGUUUUGUCUUUUUGCAUUACUGCCAUUUGGGUUUGCUUGGCUUUAUUUUAUAUUUUUAGAAUAUUGGCUAACCAAAUCCCUGACUGAAACAUGCUAAAUUUUAGAAAUGCCUCAAAUCCAUUUUUGCAACCUUGGUCUCAUUUCUAGUCUAGCAUAUUAGUAAUAGUCUCUGUAAUAUUUUAAUCUACAGCUGUUUCACUGUUAUCAGUUCAAAUAUAAGCACCUUUCUCCAGCCACCCACUACUGCUAUGUAGCCAGAAUGUACCAGAGGAAUAUUGUCACAUUACAAAUUUAUGUUUUUAUAUAUAUAUUUUCUGCGCUUUGAAAUGCUUAUGCGAUUGAUAUGUAUACAGUUUUUUUGUCUCUGCCUUUCCAUUUCUGUUUGACUGUGUUGUUUGUAUUAAGUGAGGGAUGUAGAGAAUGGGAGAGUUUUACUUUCUGUUGCUGUUGUGUGAUCCACAUUAUGGUGGACUUUAGUUGCCUUUAGUAUGGUGGACAAUGAGUUGCCUUGUCUACUUUUCCAAGGGCCAACAUGUCCUUCGUAGAUCGAAAGACAGGUGAUAGAAGUGCAAUUAAACAAUGUUAUUGAAGUUGGCCAAUAUUGGCAUUUAAGCUCCCUUCUUCAUAGUCUCACCAGCUUUCUGAAAUAAGCAGACCAUUCAAAAACAGUUUGGAAACCAGUAAACACUGAAUUGAGGACUAGAGAAUCAAACCAGUUCUGUUUGAUUUGUAAAGCAUUGCACAUGUUCCAAGCAAAAGGGAAUCCUUUCUCAGAUUACUUUCUUUACAGACACUCAUAAUGCAAAUCUUACUGACAAUUAUUAUAGGCAGUUAUUAUAUGGUCAGUGUUAAGAUAAUCUGAACACUUCUAAAAGGGUCAGUUCCAUGUUAUGUUUCUUCUAUUAAAGAAUCUGAGACAAAAUGGCCAACAUUGCCACUGAUUCUGAUGAAUCAGAUAGAAGAACUUUGCCAUUUGUGUGUAUCAAACUUGGAUUUAAUAAUCUUUUGACAUCUACAAAAAUGUCCACUUUAUUCUUAUUUUGUUACAUGUAUCUUAAAGUAAUGAAUAGGGGGGAAAUAACAUUAGAAAUGAAUCACAAUGUGUCUCUUCUUCUUCAUCCAUCAAAUUUCCUCUUUGUGGAGGAAGUUGUUCCACUUUCCAGGCACCUUUUUGGCAUUCCCAAUCCUUGUCUCUGGGCAGAGCCAUAGAGACUCUUUCUUAUAGCAACUGACAGCAGUCUCUGAAUGGGAAGCAAAAUCCAUUUCUUGUCUUUUAAUCCUUUGUACACCAUCAUGGGAGUGAAAGACAGAAAGGUGUCUUGAACUAAGGUACCAAAGAUUUAAUGUUAUCCUAGGUUUACAAAUGUAUGUUAAGACUCUUAUUAAGCCACAUUUAUACCAGUGAGAUAUUAUUUUUUAUGCUGUAAACUUGUCAUAUGUGUUUUCUAAAAAGAUUUUUAAAAUUAAAAGAGCUUCUUUUUAAAAAC